AUGAAACUAUUGGACAAUAUACUUUGUUUCGUCGAUGGCACUGGAGCAUCAUUCAAGGACAAGAAGGUCAUCCAGGACCUCAUCAUAGCCAACGGUGGUAAAUCAACUACUUUGUUGAACCAAAAGGUAUCAUACUACAUAUGUUGUGCAAAUGACUUGAACAUGCUAUCCAAGUCAAAUGCAUCACAUGAACAGGAACAACCACAACAACAGGAUGACAAUGACAAUGAUGAUGAAGAUGAGGAUGAUGAUGGUGGACAACAGGUGAGAGGUAGCAUCUACUUGGACUCAUUAUCAUACAAUGUACGCAAGGCUAUAAAGUUGAACAUACCUAUUAUGACACGCCAGUUCAUCGACGACUCGGUCUCGGCUGGCUUCUUGCUCUCCACCGACCAGUACCAACUGGUGUCGCUAUACAACAUCAAGGAGCAUCACUACCAGUCCUACGACUUUGGCGCGCUGCUCGACGACGGCGCAAGCAGCAGCAAACAGACAUCACUGGAGCAACGCAAGCGCGUGCCAUACAAGCCGGCCGAGCCGGCCGCCGACGCGCCUCCAUUCCCUGAGGAUCGCUAUCACAUCGUCAAGUACAACGUGCUGCAGUGGACGCAGCAGAAGCGCUUCGUGUGUCUGGAGCUGCAUGUGGGCGGCGGCGCCAUGGGACUCAUUCAGGUGGGCACUGACAGCGGAGCUCGCGAGGCUUCGUCUGGCGGCGACCAGGAGCAAUCAUUCUACCGUGUGUUCAUCAAUCAUGGCUCAACAGACAACAUCCCAGCGAGCACUCGCGAGUGGACUCCCGUGCCCAGCAUUGAGGAUGGACUCGUGUUGUACAAUCAGCUCUUCCUGCAAUACAUGUCGCAGCCCUAUCAGAAGUUCCUGAUGACAUCGAUCAACAUUGGCUCUGACCGCCUGCGUCAGCAGGCCACGUCGGUGGCCGCCACUCAGUCGUUGCUGCCCGACUCUGUACAGAAAUUGGUCAAGCUGCUCUACGACGAGGCAAUCACGACACUGGGCACCAAGCUGGGCGGCGCCCGCCAGGUCAACCUCACGCCCGAGGGCACGCUGCAGACCGGUGUGGGCACGAUCGCUCUUCCCCAGCUCGAGAAGGCAGAGUUCAGUCUCUUCCAGAUAGCCAACGCAGUGCGCGGCGACCUCGCGCAGAUAUCCAGCGCCACAGUGGUCGGCCUGUUCAAGGAGUUCUUCAGUGCACUGCCCCAGGCGCGCCCCGCCGGCAACUUCACCCACAACAUCGAGCUGCUUCAGGACAUGCAGGACCUGGUGCAGCUGAUGAAGGAUAUUCUUAACGUCGGUGAGUCGCUCGGACUCUCCUCGCAGAGCAACAACGUGACAGACACACGCUAUCGCGCCAUGCGCUGUGACAUCCGGCCAAUGGACACCACGACCAAGCAGUACAAGAAGCUCACCGAUCAGAUCAUGUCGUCUGCCAAGCAUCUGAUGACCAUCAAGAACAUCUACCAAGUGACGCGUCGCGAAGAAGAGAACCAUGUCUUCCCACAUCAAAACGUCAAGACACUCUACCAUGGCAGUAGACCCAGCAACAUCCUCGGUAUCAUGAGUCGUGGACUGCUCACACCCAAGUUGUCCACCACCCUAGGUGCAUCCAGGCGUGAUGUCGGUUACCUUGGAUCAGGUAUCUACUUUGGAACAAAGGCUGCAACAAGCUUCCAAUACUGUGAUGGCCAAGCAACAUCGACUUCAAGGUUCAUGUUGGUGUGCCAGGUAGCACUUGGCGCAACAAAGAAGUAUACUUCGCAUCAGAGUCAUUUGGUCGAGCCACCAAAGGGCUUUAACAGUGUACAGGGUGUGGCCAAAGACAACAACAAUGGCUCAGUGUUCACAGAUGAUGAGAUGGUCGUGUUCGAUCCCAAGCAACAAGUGCUGCAAUACCUGGUCGAGUUCCAGGCCAUCGACAACAGCUUCAAGACUGCCAACAGCAACAUCUCUUCGCUCAACAUGCAGAGCAAACAGGAUGCAGCUACAUCAUCAUCAGUCAUUGACACUGAUGUCGUGCCAAGUGUCGUGCCAGCGUCCAACGCAAAGGAUGAGAAAGAGGAGGUCAAGGAGUCGGGACUCAUUGGUGGCGGCGUGGCCAUCCCUCUUCAAUCAGUGCACGUUCGCGCCAAGCUUCUGGAUCUCGUUGGCGAGGUGGUACUCUACCAACACUACAAGAACGACUCGUCCAAGGCUAUCGAGGCCAAGUACGUGUUCCCUCUGGAUGAGAUGGGCGCAGUCUGUGGCUUCGAAGCAUACAUAAAUGGCAAGCACAUCAUUGGUGAGGUCAAGGAGAAGGAGCAAGCUCACCGCGAGUACAAACAGGCCAUCUCCGAGGGCCAUGGCGCCUACCUCAUGGACGAGGAGAAGCCCGACGUGUUCACUGUGAGCGUUGGCAACCUUCCGCCACAGGCUGAGGUGCUCAUCAAGAUCACCUACAUCACCGAGCUCUCGAUUGACGGCCUGGACAUCAGCUUUGUGCUGCCAUCCUCAAUCUCACCCGCCCAGCGCAGUCUGAGUGCGGCCCAGGUCACCCAAACCACCACUUCUACCGUCAAGGUGGACAGCGACGCCACCUCCAAGCUUUCGAUCCAAGUCGGCGUGGAGAUGCCUUACAACAUCGUCAAGUUGGUGUCGCCAUCUCAUGAGAUUCGCUGCAAGAAGACACACACCAAGGCCACCGUGGAGCUGGCCAGCGGCGAGUCCAGCCUUGGAAAGAACUUCCAAUUGUUGGUCGGUCUGGAGGACCCGUACAGCCCGAGAAUGUGGGUCGAGGUCGACGGCACAGGUCAUCACGCAUCAAUGUUGGCAUUCUAUCCCAAGUUGGACAUUGACGCGGACCGCGACACCCCCACCAACCUCACCUUCCUCGUUGAUCUCUCGGCAUCGAUGCGUGGCGAUCCCUUCCAGGACAUGCUUCGUGCACUCCGUCUGGCAAUCGCCAAUCUCCGUGGACUAAAUGUGCGCUUCAACAUCGUGCAAUUUGGUGACGUUUUCGACUGGCUGUUCGUGGACAACGUGGCACCAACCGAGGAGAACCUUCAACUGGCAUGGAGCCACAUCAAUUCGCUCAACGCCAGCUAUGGAGGCACUCAGCUGCAGCAGCCCCUCCAAUCACUGCUGCUUCUGUCCGAACAGUGCAAGCCAAGCAACCCCAACAACAUCUUGUUGUUCACCGAUGGCAACGUGUCGAAUGAACGCAUGAUCCAGCAGUUGGUCAAGCGCGCGUCCGCACACUGUCGUGUCUUCUGUUUUGGAAUUGGAGAGAACGUCAGUCGCCACUUUGUCAAGUCGAUCGCGCGUCUCGGCGCCGGCUUUGCCGAGUUUGUCACACCAAACAAGCGACCCAACCCCAAGAAGGUGAUCGCCCAGCUGCAGAGGACUGUGGCGCCAGCCAUGUCCAACGUGCGCGUGGUCUUUGACUCGACCGACAAGAUCGUCCAGUCACCCAACACCAUCACAUCGAUCUUCAAGAGCGAGCGCCAGGUCGUUUAUGCAUUCAGCGGCCUGUGUACACGUGCCACACUUUCUGCACAGGCUCCUGGUGGAGGCCUCAUCAGCAACACGGUGCACACUCCCGAGAUCGGUUUCCUUCGCGGCAACCUCAUUCACAGAUUGGCCGCGCGCUCAAUGAUCCGCGAGUACAACGACGGCACAUAUGCCGAGUCCAAGUUGCAGCACGACUUGAUCAAGCUCAAGAAGAAGGAGGACGUCAUCAAGCUCUCGAUCCAAUAUAGCAUCGUCACUCAGUUCACAUCAUUCGUGGCAAUCGAGAAGCGUGAGAAGAACGAGGUCGUACGAAAGGAUAUCCCGCCCCUACAGGAGAUCGUCGACCAGUUCGUGGUGGACGCGCUGCCCUACAUCCCCUACGAAGAUCGCUCGAGUGGCGACGGCGUCGAUGCCGGCGACUCCACCCUAGUGUCGAAGCGUGAGCAACUCUUGCGCACCAUGGAGUCGUACAAGUCUGGCGGCAACCACGCCGACUCUGUGCGCGUGCUCCAUCAGAUCGCCGACACUUAUGGCGAUUAUAACCGCGAUGAAUUGAGACUGUUGUCCGAGACGGUCAGCUCGCUGACCACAAAGAACCAGGACGUGGCCUUUGGCCAAGGCUCUUCGACACCAUCCAAGACCAUGACACCCCUGGCCCUAUCAAGAGCCAAGCGCGAGAAACAAAAGGCCAUGGAUGAGAUCAAAUACAACUCACUCUCACUUCUGCGUCUGGUCGAGGCAAGCUUGCCCAAGUGCGCAACCGAGGAACAAAAGGUGGCUAUUCUAGACGAGCAGGCCAAGAUCUACGCGACACUCGCUCGUUGCGAGUCCAACGACACUGCUAAGCAACAUCUCCUCAGCCAGACCAAGGGCGCGCUCAAGGAUGCCUUGGCAAGAGCCGAGAAGAGUCUUCCUCCCAACAGCCCAGUACGCUUGAAGCUUGCCUACAACGCAGCCCAGGCCUACAGAGACAUGGGCGAGCACGACCUCGCGUCCAACCUGGCCAAGAACGCGUUUGACAAUGCAAUCUCAGAGUUGGACUGUCUCUCCGAGGACUCCUACACUGAGACCACUCUCUGGAUGCAGUUGAUCAGGGACGACCUGACCUUGGCCUCUGAGCAAAUGGAUCUCCAGCAACAGUACAAGACACCCACCAAGGGCAAGGUCACCGAGGUACACGCAGUCGAUGACAAACCAGCCCAAGUGGUGGUCAAUCGCUGGGCUGGACUAGGUGGUGUCUCGGUUGACAAGUUGAUUGUGUCACCUGUUGCCAAGCCCCAGGAGAAGAUCCUGGAUGGUAGAAACUGGGCCGAUAUCUCCGACAGCAGCUCGGACGAGGAUGAUGGACAUGAUGCCACAGAGGUGUAUCUCGGUCGCCAAGAAAGCGACUCUGAUAAGAGAUCACGCGAUAGAGACAGGGAGAGGAGCAGAGGCUACAGCGAGCGAGGUGGAGACAGAGACAGAGUGUCCACAGGUAGCCAAGGCCUCAAGAACAUGGGAGGCAGAGGCGGAGGCGGAGGCAGAGGAGGUGCCGCUGCAAGUGGAUUUGGCAGAGGAGGAAACAGAUCAGUGUCCAACUCUGGCGAGAACGAUAGGAGUGUCUUGCCUCAACAGGUGCGAUACAUGGAUACCCGCGAUGAAGAUAUGAAGAAGGUCGUCAGCGAAAAGAGCGCCGUACCACUAAUGUCAGGAAUGCGAUACAUGUCAAAGCGCGCUGAUGAGAUGGAGAGAGCCCCAGCCAAGAUGCAAGAGAUGGAGAAGCAGAUGAACGUACUAAAGUUAGAGAAGGAGCUUGAGUCGGCCAGGAAGUCACUUAUGCCACUUAGGGCUCAGCAAGAGGUUGCCAUGCCUCUUCCAGAGCCAAUUGUCAUGGCAAAGAGCCUGAACAGACUAUCGUGGUCCUCCUCAGUCAGCACCUCAUCUGAGGAGAGUAUUGUCACACCCUAUGAGGUCCAAUCUUUGGACGACUCCAUCCGAUCAUCCCGAGGCGAAAAGGCCGAUAUGAAGGAGAAGAAGUCAGUUCGUGGCAAGAAGAUGGCCAAGGACACUCAAGAUAGUUGGGGCUCCGGUGACUCGGAUAUGUCGUUCUUCUCGAGUCCCCAAUCACCACCUCCACCAUCAUCAGGAAGCUAUGCACCGCCACCACCCCCACCCAGCGCCCCAGUCGCCCCUCCAAAGCCAUCCUCCGCCCCAACACUCGCAGGCAAGAUGGCUCCGCCACCACCAUGGACUACGACCCAGACCGCUGCGCCACCCAUGCCAGGAGCACCUCGCCGCUCCGCGGCUGGACCACCACCCCCGGUUGCAUUUGGUCAAUCAUCGAGCUUUGGUGCUCCACAACCACAGGCAGCCGCAGCACCGAUGGCUUCGUUUGGCGCUCUCAAGAAGGUAGCGUCGCCACCAACCAAUGCAUUUGGAUUUGAUGGCACUAGUGGUGCAGGUGCCUCUCCCACCAACAGCUUGUUCUCUUCAUUCUUUGGCGGUGCCCCUACGACGACCCCAACAAUCGCUCCUACCACCGUAUCCACGUCCACCUCAGCAUCAUUGUUUGGAAGCACCUCCUCUGGAAAAUCAUUCUCAUUUGGAGGAAUGCCACAACAACAGCAACAGCAGCAACAGCAACAGCAGACGUUUGGCUCCGCGGUGUUCAAUGCUCCUCCACCACCUCCUCCUGCAGCCCACCAGGCACUCGAGAAGUUUGAGCGAGAGGCCACACCAUUGUCCUCGUCAUCUUCAAGCAUGUCUUCCCUAUUCAGCUUUGCAAAGGAGGGUUUGGCCAAGGUGUCCAACUCACUCCUGAGUAAGGGAGGCAAGGCUGCUGAAGCCCCCCUCAGCAAGACAAGCUCCAACAACAACAACAACAACAACAACAACAUUGUUGACAAUGGAUCAACCUUGAAUGACAGCCUGGGUGAGCUGAAGGAGUACAGUAGAAGGAGGAUGGCUAGGCCCGCUACUGUCACCCCUGUUGCCAAACCAGCACCACCUCCACCCAAGGAGGAACCCAAGCAAGACCUUCUCCAAUCUUUACUCAGUCGCAGAUCAGUAGUAUAUGAGGAAGAUGAGGAAGAGGGUGAGGACUGGGGCGACAAUGACGAUGAGGACUGGGACGCACCAGCACAGAGUUACGACGACGGUAUCGCCAACGAGAUGGCCAGGUUCAAGAAGGAAAUCAGCACCCAGAAUGAUGAAUUGAAUAUGCUGUUGUGUGACCUUACACCUGCAGCUGCUGCGGCAGCCCCCAUGGAGAGGGCACCAUUAAAACUGGUAACCAGGAGCAUCGAGCGAAGCGAAGAGGACAUGGGAUUCGAUCUCUUUGGCGGCGAUUAUGACGCCCCCGCGCCAGUCAUGGCCGCUGCAGCUCCCAAGCAACUGGCACCGGCCAAGGAUUACUCUGCAAAGAAAUCGUCAUUUUCAGCCAAGAUGGAAGAGAAGGAGGAAUCUGAUGGCGAUGACAUGGGAUUCGGUUUAUUUGACAGUGACGAGCGCAUCAUGACCGAGAGCGUGAAGGCCAAGCCAAUGCCAGCCCCAAAGCCAUCUCCCAAGCGACCAACAUCAUCAUUGGUUCGCGGUGAGCUCAUGCAAGAACUGAGAGCUCCAGAGGCCUCAGCAGGCGAGUCCGUUCGUUCUGCCUUUGCCUACAAGUGGUCAAUUGAUCAGAAGCCACCAGCAGACUCAUCGGACGGAAAGAAGAAGAGCAAGCGCAAGUCCGUGAGCAUGUCCAAAGAGUUGGCACCCGAGGCAAGCUACCCAGCAAAGCCAAUCGUGGAUGGCAUCAGAAGCAUACUUGGCGCGAGAAAGAGUUUCAAUGCUGAUGAUGUUGCAGUGUUGGCAUUGCUUGGUGUUCAAAGCGACUCGCACGUGGUCAACUGCAAGAGCUUCAUGAAGACAACAUUGAUUCUGGAGUUGGUACUCCUGUUCCUACGUCUGCUUCUACAGCCAGCCACAGACUCUGGUGAGUUGCUCAUUCUCUUGGAGAAAUACAACUCGAUCCGCCCCUCGAUGAACAAGGCCAACCCUGCCUACCAAUGUCUGCUCAGAGGAUCAGCGAGCCAUCUUAUCAAGAAGCUCUAA